GACUCUAUACAUACAAAGAUGGACGCACUUUAUGCAGUCGAGCAGGUUCAUAUACCACAGGAGUUAGGUGCAAUUAUGAAACAAUACACCAAGGCCAUCUUACGUGAUGAACCAACGGAUGUUUAUAAAUAUAGUGCAAACUUUUUUGCCAUUAUAUCUGGAAGAUGCCCCCCUUUUGAUGAAAAUGGAGUUUAUGUUGAAGAUGAAUAUGCUUCAACACAAUCAAACGACAAGGUAAAUACACCUACCCCUGUCCCUAGACAAGAUAUUAUUGGUGAAAUUUUUCAAAAAUACAGCAGAAACAAUGCUGACACAGCUAGUCUAGAGGACCUUCCGCACAUCCUGAAGGAGAUUGUAACAGUUAUGGGAUUGAAGGAAGACGAUCUUCCACCUGUUGCAGAGGUUGCCUCUGUUCUUCAUACGGAGGGUGAUUUUAUAGAUCUGCUUGAACUCAGACAACUCCUGUUCGAACCAGAGCCUUAGUUCCAUUUUUAUUUAUUGAAAUUAAUACCCAAAACAACAGCUGGGGAUGAAUGCUUUUUAUUUCAUGUAAACAUUAUGUACGUGAGCUUUAAGUACUCCUGUCUUUAUU